UUGAUGUUAAGAGAAGCAAGCCAUUUCGUCGAUUGCUGAUAAACGUUUAACCAAGUAUUUUGACUACAAACAAUGCUAUAAAUAAUAAUACGUGUCAGUUUAAUACAUCAUUCAAAAUGGAAAAUAUUCCUCGUACACACGAAGAUAUUGAAGCCCAAAUUCGGGAUAUUCAAGCGAAAAAGAAGGAAAUUCCGGUAGAAUCGACCGACAAGGGCGUGGGACUCGGCGAAAGCGGUUAUUUCGACAGCGAGAUCUACGAUUCCGGCACAGGCAGGGGCAAAUAUGAAGGUUAUGUUACCUCUAUUGCUGCCAAUGAUGAAGUGGAUGAUGAUGAGGAGGACGUGGGUUAUUCGCAAAAACGCACCGGGCUAGGGGCCCCCGUGGCUCUACUCAAUGAUGUGGCACAAAGUGACAAAGAUUUUGAUCCAUUCGCUGACAGAAGGCGCCCCACAAUUGCUGACAGGGAAGAUGAUUACCGACAAAAAAGGAGAAGGAUGAUUAUUUCACCUGAAAGGGUGGACCCUUUUGCAGAUGGCGGAAAAACGCCGGACUUCAAUGCACGCGGUUACACCCAGAUUAUGAAAGAACAACUACUCAAAGGCGAAGAAAAUGAGUUGAGAAAGAAAAUAUUGGAGAAGGCAAAGGAUGGAUCAUUAAAAGCCAGCAACGGUGAAGCGAAAGCUCCUCCAAAGAGAAAGGGACGUUGGGAUCAGACUGUUGACGAAGUCGUGGUGCCUUCCAAGAAGAAAACUUUGUCCGUACCUACGAACAGCAGCAGCGCAGCCACUCCUGUUUGGGACGGUGAUAAAACACCUGCAGACAUUCGUUGGGACGAAACACCGGGCCACAAGGGCAGCGAAACGCCUGGCGCCACACCCGGCCAGUCGACACGCAUCUGGGAUGCCACACCCGGCGCCGCCACCCCUGGUCGCGAAACCCCGGCCCACGAUAAGGUUUCGACCAGAAGAAAUCGCUGGGAUGAGACGCCGAAGACGGAACGUGAAACGCCCGGUCACAACAGCGGCUGGGCCGAAACGCCGCGUACAGACCGCACCGGCGCCGAUCUCAUACAAGAGACACCCACACCGGGUGCCUCGAAACGACGCUCCAGAUGGGACGAGACACCUUCGGCUACGCCGUCCGCCUCUAUGACUCCUGGUGCCAUGACGCCCCAAACUCCUCACGGCACUCCGGGACAUACCACGCCCAUGUUGACGCCCGGUGGGUCGACUCCAGUCGGAGUUAAGGCCAUGAGCAUGGCCACACCGACUCCCGGACAUCUGGCGUCGAUGACGCCUGAGCAGUUGCAGGCUUACAGGUGGGAGAAGGAAAUUGAUGAAAGGAACCGUCCGUACUCGGAUGAAGAACUGGACGCCAUGUUCCCUCCGGGUUACAAAGUACUCCCGCCUCCAGCUGGCUACAUACCCAUUAGAACUCCGGCGAGAAAACUAACUGCAACACCCACGCCCUUAGUAGGCAACACUCCAACUGGUUUCUUCAUCCAGCAGGAAGACAAAUCGGCGAAAUACAUGGAUAAUCAGCCCAAAGGUCAAAAUUUGCCGUUCAUGAAGCCGGAGGACGCGCAAUAUUUCGACAAACUGCUUGUCGACGUCGACGAAGAAGCUCUCAGUCCUGAAGAACAGAAGGAGCGCAAAAUCAUGAAACUAUUGCUGAAAAUCAAAAACGGCACACCACCUAUGCGUAAGGCAGCUCUUCGCCAAAUCACAGACAAAGCUAGAGAGUUCGGAGCCGGUCCACUUUUUAAUCAAAUCCUGCCACUUCUGAUGAGUCCCACCUUGGAAGAUCAAGAGCGGCACUUGCUUGUGAAAGUAAUCGACAGAAUAUUAUACAAAUUGGACGACUUAGUCCGGCCAUACGUCCACAAAAUCCUCGUAGUCAUUGAACCGCUGCUUAUCGAUGAAGACUACUACGCACGUGUAGAAGGUCGUGAAAUCAUCUCCAAUUUGGCCAAAGCUGCUGGUCUGGCCACUAUGAUUUCCACAAUGCGUCCCGACAUUGAUAACAUCGAUGAGUACGUGCGUAACACCACAGCAAGAGCCUUCGCAGUCGUUGCGUCGGCUCUGGGUAUUCCCUCCCUUCUGCCGUUCUUGAAAGCCGUCUGCAGGUCCAAAAAGUCGUGGCAGGCUAGGCAUACCGGUAUCAAAAUUGUACAACAAAUCGCUAUCUUAAUGGGCUGUGCCAUUUUGCCGCAUCUGAAGUCUCUAGUCGAAAUUAUCGAACAUGGUUUGGUUGACGAACAACAAAAGGUCAGGACAAUUACAGCUUUGGGUAUUGCCGCUUUGGCCGAAGCCGCCACUCCUUACGGUAUCGAGAGUUUUGAUUCCGUCUUGAAGCCACUGUGGAAGGGUAUCCGCACGCACAGAGGCAAAGGUUUGGCUGCUUUCUUGAAAGCUAUUGGUUACCUUAUUCCUCUUAUGGACGCCGAGUACGCCAACUAUUAUACAAGGGAAGUGAUGUUGAUUCUUAUCAGGGAGUUCCAGUCUCCAGAUGAGGAAAUGAAAAAGAUUGUGCUGAAAGUAGUAAAGCAGUGUUGUUCAACUGAUGGUGUGGAAGCCCAGUAUAUCAAAGAGGAAAUCCUACCGCAAUUUUUCAAACACUUCUGGAAUCACAGGAUGGCAUUGGAUAGACGUAAUUACCGGCAGUUGGUGGACACGACUGUUGAAAUUGCCAAUAAAGUAGGUGCUUCAGAAAUCAUCAACAGAAUUGUUGAUGACUUGAAGGACGAAAACGAACAGUACCGUAAAAUGGUGAUGGAAAGUAUAGAGAAGAUAAUGGGUAACUUAGGCGCAGCCGAUAUUGACUCCCGACUAGAGGAGCAGUUAAUUGACGGCAUUCUUUAUGCGUUCCAAGAACAAACCACUGAGGACGUUGUUAUGUUGAACGGAUUCGGUACUAUUGUCAAUCAAUUGGGUAAAAGAGUUAAGGCGUACUUGCCACAGAUUUGCGGUACGAUCUUGUGGAGACUGAACAACAAAUCGGCGAAAGUGCGACAACAAGCGGCCGAUUUAAUUUCCAGAAUUGCUGUCGUGAUGAAGACUUGUCAGGAGGAGAAGCUCAUGGGUCAUUUGGGUGUGGUGCUGUAUGAAUACUUAGGAGAAGAAUACCCAGAAGUAUUAGGCUCAAUUCUUGGAGCUCUGAAAGCUAUAGUCAAUGUAAUAGGUAUGACCAAGAUGACGCCGCCAAUAAAAGACUUGCUGCCGCGUCUGACGCCCAUUCUUAAGAACAGACACGAAAAAGUUCAAGAGAACUGCAUUGAUUUGGUCGGUAGGAUUGCCGAUAGAGGUCCCGAGUACGUGUCAGCCAGAGAGUGGAUGAGAAUUUGUUUUGAAUUACUCGAAUUGUUAAAAGCACACAAGAAAGCAAUCAGAAGGGCGACAGUCAAUACCUUCGGUUAUAUUGCCAAAGCUAUAGGUCCUCAUGAUGUUUUAGCCACUCUUCUCAAUAAUUUGAAGGUGCAAGAAAGACAGAACAGAGUUUGUACUACUGUAGCUAUAGCCAUUGUGGCUGAAACUUGUUCACCUUUCACGGUACUCCCUGCCUUAAUGAACGAGUACAGGGUACCAGAGUUAAACGUCCAAAACGGAGUAUUGAAGUCUUUGUCGUUCUUGUUUGAAUACAUAGGUGAGAUGGGCAAAGAUUAUAUUUAUGCAGUGGCUCCAUUGUUGGAGGAUGCGCUGAUGGACAGGGAUCUUGUCCACAGACAAACUGCUUGCGCCGCCAUAAAACAUAUGGCGUUGGGUGUUUACGGUUUUGGUUGUGAAGAUGCUUUGGUGCACCUUUUGAACUACGUCUGGCCCAAUAUUUUCGAGACCUCUCCGCAUUUGGUUCAAGCAUUUAUGGAUGCCAUUGAAGGCAUGCGUGUGGCACUCGGACCUAUUAAAAUUCUUCAAUACACCCUACAAGGGUUAUUCCAUCCGGCGAGAAAAGUUAGGGAUGUGUACUGGAAAAUUUAUAAUUCGUUGUAUAUUGGUGGACAGGAUUCCCUGGUUGCAGGGUAUCCUAGAAUUGCCAAUGAUCCCAAAAAUCAAUAUGUAAGAUAUGAGUUGGAUUAUAUUUUAUAAAUGUUUUUAAUUUUCUUAAGUUAACUAGCGUACGAAGUGUCUGUUACUCAAUAAAUUACACAAAUGAUGUUAAUGUGAAUAAAAUUUCUUUUAGGUA